GCAGUCGUGAUCAUAGUGGUGGAGGACGAGAACUACGACCCGAGUGACAUCACGCUGGCCUCCCUUCUGUACGACGAGGACGCUCCGUGGGGGCCGUGCACGCGCUCGUGCGCCGCCCGGAGGCACAGGAAAUGUGUGUACCCAGAGCUGUGUGGCGAGGAAGAAAUCUUGGAGAAAGCCAUGUGCUACGUGCCAGGGUCUAAUUGUGAGACUGAGGUGAGGGAAUUCCUCGAGGAAGAAGGUUACAUCAUCGUGGAGAACAACGAGGACGAGAUACUGGAGGAUGACCUCGAGGCUGACCCGGACUUCGACAUCGGCGAUUACAUUGACGUCGAUGUGGUGGUGGUGGAGGACGACUACGGGAGUGAUGGAGCGGAGUAUGGGAGUGAUGGAGCGGAGUACUACGAUUAUGGCUGGUACGACUACAUAAACAGCCUGACUGGCGGCGGAGUGGAUGCGGGAUGCGGAAGGAAGAUGGUCGGAGGGCGUGAGAGCCUCCUGCGCAUCAUAGGAGGGAGGGAGGCGAGCCGGGGGUCGUGGCCGUGGCAGGUGGCCGUCCUCAACAGGUUCAAGGAGGUGUUCUGCGGCGGCACCCUCAUCAGCUCGCAGUGGGUCCUCACCGCAGCGCACUGUGUCCGCAAACGGCUCUACGUCCGGCUGGCUGAGCAUGACAUCCGCGCCUAUGACCACCAGGAAGUGGAAAUGCGGGUCGAGUCAUACUUCACUCACCCGAACUACGACGAGGAGACGAUCGACAGCGACAUCGCCCUCCUGAAGCUCCCCCGCCACGCCUCCUUCAGCCGCUACAUCCUCCCCGCGUGCCUGCCGGGGCGAGGGACGCCGCCCCCCGCCAAGAGCAAGGUCCCCAUCGUGACGAAGUCGGCGUGUCGGAAGGCCUACCCCGACCACCCGCUCACCGACAACCACUUCUGCGCCGGCAACAAGCGGGGCACCUCCGACACCUGCGCAGGAGACUCCGGCGGCCCCCUGAUGUGCGAGGGCGAGCAGGGCCGCUGGACGGUGCACGGCGUGACGUCCUUCGGCGAGGGCUGCGGCGACCACGGCAAGUACGGCGUCUACACCAAAGUGGCCAAUUACCUCGGAUGGAUCAAGAAAAUCAUCAAGGAAAACUGAAUUUUACGGCUGCUCUUCUCGGUUAUUUUGAA